UAUGCUGAUAUGAUAUGAAUAUUUCACACACACACACACACACAAACACGCACACACAUACAUAUAUACAUAAAAAUAGAAAAAGCCGAUUCAAAGAAAAAUAAAAAAUAUCCAGAAGAAAUAGUAGAAUCUCUGAGAAAUGUAAUACGUGAAGACGCGCUAACUGUCGUUUCGCAUCUCGCCGAACGUCGUUGACAUUUCGUUUGUCACGAGAUACCUUCCGUUCGUUCAGCUUCCUUCGAGAAACUUUGGCCAACAUAUAAAGUCUCCUCCGGUUUCGCAAAAUUUAUAUGCGCCACAUGAACGCUCAAGUGCGUCGUGUCGCGUUUAUCUGUCAGUGACGAUUAUACGUACACGAAGCGGCGGAAUCCGCCGGGAUGCAGAACGGCUUAUAGCUAACCUCUCAGUGACAAUGUCACGCGACACGAAGACCAGCUGCACGGAUCGCCAGAGACACGCAGAAGCUUCUGUCGUGCCGUUCGCGGCGUUAUCUUCCGCCGUCGUCGUCACAAAACGAGACGGGAACACAACGGAUGACCGGCGAGAAUCGAUUCGGUCGUUGACGAGUCUCGUUUCAACCGUUUGCUGCGCGUCUGAGACAGACGAAGCGGAUUACGAGACUUCUAGCGAGGGACUAAACCCUUCGAAAUUCAGCGGUGCCGAAAUUCACGGAACACGAACGAAAGAAUCGCUUUGCGAUUACUUCGAGGAGAAAAGCACUUCCUUAAGCAAACUCGACACGCUCGAUAGGAACGUAUCUCCGAUAAAGGAAGAAGUUAUUCCCGAUCUACGGCGCAAACUCAUGGAAAACAGGUUAACCCAGAAAACCACAUACGCUCGCGGCAGUCUUAUUUUCGAGAGUUUGGCAAAGACGAAAUCUCUACCUUUAAUACUGAGGAGCGCGGAUUCGAGCAGUAUAUCCGCAAACUUCGAGGCGACGAAUCUCGCGCUAAUGUCCGAGUCGUCGUUAGCGCGCGAAAGAAAAAUGUCCAUGAUUAUUGAUGCUAUGGCACCGCUCAUUACUUUAGAUUCGUCAACGAUCUCUGUAACGACGAACAACUUUUGUGACAAACAGCACGAAGCGAAAAGACUCGAGUCGAGAACGAAACUGCCUGUGCUUCGCGAUGCGACAACUACAGACGUGAUUAAUGACGAGAAGUCAGAAGAGCUCGUGGCGGAAGUAAUACUUCACGAGGCGAAAAAUAACCAUCGUGGUAUAACAAACAGGGAUCCUUGUCAGGACGCAAUUUCUACGCUUGUCAAUGACGUCGAUGUAACAAACGACGGCGAUCUCGUUGACGUCGCAAGGAAUCCAUACUCUUCCAUCAAGUCGAUCUACUUCCCGCCGAAUCCACCUGCUUCGCUGGACGACUCUGUCAAAUCGAAGAGACGUCAACGAAUAGCAACCGACACCAAGGCCCUGCUGAAAAUAGAUUACGAAUUGGGUCCGCUACGGUACCAAUACAGCGAGAUCAUUGGCAAAACUCGAGCGUUGGGUUUGAGCAGUUCGAUCUUUGACCUUGACGUUUCCUGUCGUCUAGAUCGACCGUCCGACAACUUUCUAAAUUGCAACGAGACAUUUUCGCGGCAAACUGCGACAAGCUGCGGCAUCGAAGAUCGAUUUGGUCUCGUCGAUAAAACGACCUCGCCGUCCCCGACUUUUUCUCUGGUCGGUAAACCCGUUCCGAGAGUCGACUUUCGUUGUGCCAGUUGGUCGAACGAAAAUGAUCCCAGUCGUCGGCAGAAGGCGUUGAGUCCCACCGCAAGCGAUUCAUCUCGCACACUUAUCGAGAACCUCAAUAAUCUUCGAUUUUCCACUCGACUCGGAAGUGGCACGUCUUAUCUUCCUGCGGCGACCGAUAUCCAUGCGUUCUCUCCGAGAGAAAAUGCUCUGAAUGAACAUUCGUGCAACGAAUGUGUUUCCAAUAAGUUUCAAUCCCUUUGCAAUCCUAACACGGUAAAAGUAGAAAGAGGCACUUUCACACGUGGGAGUCGGUCCUUUCACAGGACGAUCAAUGUAAGCUGCUCGAACGUUCUUCGUAGGCGAGACUACGACUCGCACCAUCGAUAUCUCGAACGAACCGUUCGUAACUCGCGAACGUCUAACAAUAAUUUCGUCGAGGUUCGAGGACAAGAAUUUUUGCUAUCGGAAAAAAACUCCGCCGAUCGUUUGCACCGAAGAAACAGCUCGUGCACGACCUGUCGUUCGAAUUACACCGCAAAAUCCACCAUUAUAGAGAUGAUUGACAAUAACUGGUGCGCCAGUUUAAGUGAAAAAACAGGGAGCGAACGAUCGAACAAACGCGUCGAGGGCCUCCGGGCCGAUCGUCAAAAUUCGAUGGCCAUUCAAACGCAGUUUACCACUCGCGGUGGCAAUCGUCGCAAUGGCACUCCGACCGAAACAAAAUGCGUCAUCAGAGACGACGAGAUCUCUUCUGCGUUCGGAUUGAAGCUGAAUGAGCGUAGCAGCGUAGCAGAUCUCGAUCGGCAAAUAUCGCGCGCGGUUUCCGCAAUUUCGACUCGCUGCGCUCCUCAGAUUCGCGUCGUAAGCGUAAACACGGAAUUUCACACCACCAUAGAGAAACGCAGCAGAGCCGUUAGUCCUAUUCGAGAUCUUCAUUCGAUCGUUCCUUCAACGACAUUGUCUCCGAUUGACGUGUUACUCGCUUCCAGAUUGUCUCGCACGUUUGUGCAACAAGUGCGCGAUAAUUCGUCGCGCACAAAAAUAUCGAAAGUAAUUGAUUCGAGCCAGAAUGUGAUAAAUUGUACAGAAAUUAGCAAAUAUAAAUGUGACAUCGGAGAUGUGACGAGCAAACGUGAUUUCGCCGUUCAAAAAGUUGACUACCACCAACCGGUUGCGGCGAGUUUCUCGAAGACAUUUUUCGAAUCCGUUCGGAAUAAAGAUUUAAUGACGGAAUGCGAGAAACCGCGGCAUCUUCGUUUAACGGAAGCGAAGGAAAAGAUCACGAUUGUUCCUAUCGUUCUUACCGACGGUCCGACAUCGGACCCGUCGAAAAUCGCUAAUGUAAAUUUUGCGAUUCCGAAUUACGUUGGAAACGCGACGUCAGAAAUGAGCUAUCAGAUCGUACCGCUCAGGAUGAGAAAGUCUCGGAAGACGUCUUUGGCAUCGAUGGAUAACAACAUUGAAACAUCUCGACAUAAUAACGAGAAUUCCGCGUGUUUAACCGAGCGAUCGGCAAAUGAGAAGCGUUACAGCGAAAUAUCCGUUUCUCGCGCCAAUUACGGCGGUGAUCUGUACACGCGGAAAGACUGCGAUCCUUCGACGACGAGAGUCGUCGCGAGAAAUCCGAGACAAUUGUCUCGAGUUGCGAAUGUCGAUCGGAAAACGAGGAAACGUUGCGAUUCCGCCGAGCGGAGAACCGCCGCGCGAGCGAUUCCCGGCAUGAGGUGCUCACCGGACGAUUUCCUUUGUGACACGUGACUCGCGGCGCGCGCUUAAGUGCGUUUCGCGAGAGCGCGACAAUUUAACGAAGAAGCGAUAAGAGCUCAUCCCAAGAAUUUCUCCGAGUCAUUCACAAGCAGAAGUAAGUAAGUUUCUUCUCGCCCCUGAAAUGCCGGGUCCUUUCGAGAGAGAGAAACGACGAAAGUUUUAAAUUCAACUCAAGCGACAAAGACUACUACUCUGCGGGACUUGCGCGAUCGCCGUGUGAGAAUUCACGACGAUCGCGUCGCGCUUGUAACGUCGACGACGAAGAAAAACGCAAAGCGGGGGACAUUUUUCGCAGCGAGCAAAUACAUAUUCGCUUCUCCGAACGUUGCGGAGUAAAAAAUUUGUCAAGCGAACGAGCAGAAAGACGAAAAAUUGUACGAUCGAAGAACGACGCGAAACAAAUUUCGAAAUUGCAAAAAAAAGUAAACAUGAGUUUUUUUUUGAAGAAACGUCUGAUACCAGAGAUUUGAGACCAAAACGUUGAAGAAAUUUCUUGCAGAAAUUUAGGACCGAUAUUAUAGCCGAUCACUUUCGCCGUCACAAAGAUGAACAGAUGGAAAUCGUUGAGAAAAGAAUCGACGGGGAUGAGCAAAAUCCAUCUGAAAUGAUUUUCCGCACACCUUUCUCGCACGCAUAUCGAGUAGUCUUUUGGAUCCUUUCAUGUUUAAAAGAGCAGCGUGACACGUUGUACGCGCACGCCGUCGUCUCUCUGUUAGAAAUUCAGAUAGCGAACGAUUAGUUGACCGAACGCGCCGGCAGUAAAUCUAGAUAGAAUUUUUGACAUCUGUAUACCGUAUAUACUCGCUUGUUGUUUGACAUUUGUACCGUAUAUACUCGCGCGAUUUGAUAUUGAAAGGCUUUUUGUUAACAAACGCAAACAUU